AUGUUGUUACUUUUCACCGUAGUUACUCUUGUUAGCACUGCUCAGGUGCCCCAGACACCUGCCUCUCCGCAGACAGCACCUACUCAAUUUCUUCCUGGAGUGCAGCAAAAGAUUGGUGGUGUGGACAACAGAUGCGCCAACAAGCAAGUAGAAGGUGUUCAGAUAUUUCAAGGAAAUAUGGCCGAGUGCCUGAAAAGAAACUCUGAGGCAGCAAAUGCGAUGUUUCAAAGAGCCAAGCAAAGGGCCUUAGAAAUUUAUAAUAAGGAGGUUAGCAAAGGGCCUACCCCAAAGGAUAGCGGCCAGUGCAUAGAAAGAGCUGUACAAGGUACUGACAGAUGUAUUCUUGCAAAAAUAAUCGAUAAGGCCGUGAACAUGCUUAAGUACAGAAUCUCCAAGGUAGGAAAUGCUACAGCACUCUUCCGAGGGAACAAACUAAUUUCUCUAAUUCUCAAUGUCGAUUAUGGACUUAAGCCGUUCUUCACAGUAGUAAAGAAGAAAACAAAGAGAGUGUUCCCUUCAGGGGAUGAGCUGAAUUUCAACGGAAUCGGUCAGCUUAUAGGAGUAAAAGGUACAUUCCCUCAAGACAAUAAUGAUGAGUGUAAGCCGUGUGAUUCUCCCAAGAAGACUGUUGAGACUGUUGCUGAAGAAUGUAAUCUUGGGUGUCAGCUUAAAGGGACGCCUGGCCUGAUAAGUAAAGCCAUACAAAAGAAAGACACCAAGGAAAGCUCGAAAGAUGGAGAAAAAGGCUCAGCCCAGAAUGGCGAAGGCACCACUGAUGAUGAAGAUGGGCAGCAAUCUCCUGCAGACGGUAAUGGACCAGAGUAA